CUUUUGUUUCCAUCAAUCAAUUUGCACAUUGUAUAAUCUCCUUCGGCGACUCGUUCCCCUUCUUGAGUAAUACUUCCAGAUAUGCAAUCUCUUAAAGGGCCCGGAGCUCCUCAGGCCUAUGACGGGUCUGGGCUACGAGUUGCUAUUGUUCACGCGAGAUGGAAUAUGGGAAUUAUCGGUCCUCUUGUAGACGGUGCUACUAAAACACUACGGGCAGCCGGAGUUGCAGAGGAUCACAUUGAAAUUCACACUGUUCCAGGAAGCUACGAACUGCCAUUUGCUGUCCAGCGUCUCUACUCUGCCUCGCAACUACAAGCCGCCAACGCGGGGUCAUCGGGGGAAGGCAUCAGCGCAACAGAUCUACUCUCGUCUUCUACGGCGGAUGUGAGCAAGACGCCAUCGACAGCCUCAAGCGCUGCUUCGAAACCCUACGACGCGAUCAUUGCGAUUGGGGUUCUCAUCAAGGGCGAGACGAUGCACUUCGAGUACAUUGCAGACGCGGUCACCCAUGGCUUGAUGCGUGUUCAGCUAGAUACCGGUGUUCCUGUCAUUUUCGGCGUGCUCACUCUUUUGACUGAAGAGCAAGGUCUUGAGAGAGCUGGAUUGGGUUCUAAGGGAAUGCACAAUCACGGUGAAGACUGGGGAAAUGCGGCCGUUGAACUUGGCGUUAGGAGAAGAGGCUGGGCAAAGGGCGAGGUUGCUUGA